UUCUCAGGCGGAGUCUGACUGGGGUGUGUGAGCCACAUCUGGAAUAGUAGCUCCAGAGAAAGAAGUCGAGAGAAGCAAAACCUCGCUGAUACUUUCCACAACUCUUCACUUUAGCACUCCCUUUUUCUCGGAAACAAACCUAUUGCUUUGCCUAUUUAUCUAUUUGACAAAAUGCUGCUCAUUCUGCUUGGAGUGCUUAUUUUGCACCUAAUCAUUCUCACUCUUCUCAUCGUGUCGACAGCAGCCAGUGCCUGGUCUGUAGGUGGGGAAAGCAGCACAGAUCUAUGGUACAGCUGCACGACGACUAAUGGAGGCUACCACUGCAAGACAGCCAGCACUGAAGACUGGAUCCAGGCAGUACAAGCCCUCAUGAUCCUGUCCCUGCUAUUCUGCUUCUUCUCCCUCAUUGCGUUCGUGUUUCAGCUGUUCAAACUGGUCAAGGGCGGACGCUUCUUCUUCACUGCCAUCUUCCAGAUCUUGGCAAGUGUGUUUGUGAUGUGCGGGGCGAUCAUCUACACCGUGAUGAGUCCGGAUAAUGAUACCACACAAUUCGGCUACGCCUAUGUGCUGGCCUGGGUGGCUUUCCCUCUCUGUCUCAUCAGCGGCCUCAUUUAUAUCGUCCUGAGGAAGAAAGAAUGAGAGAAGGAGCAGAGGAGAAAAGAGGAGGGGUAGUUACUGUAAGAUACCCCUUACAACAACAUCACACUGUGCCUACUGCCCACAGACCAGACUGACAUCCCACAACAAUACAACAAAAUUGCAUGUGUCACUAAAAAUUGUAAACACAAAAGGGAGACAUUUAUCAUAGCAGGGGAUCUUUUUUGCUGUAUUUCAGUAUCCAUAAUGUUCCCAUCAAAUGCUGAAAAAUAUCACACCUGUUCACAUUGUGAAUUUUAACAAAGUGUCACUACAUGUUUCCCGCGGUGACAGAUUGUCUUCAAACUGUGUUUAUAUAUGUGUUGGCGACAUAUUGACUUUUGUUGCAUGCUGGCACCCACAAAUCGUGUGAUUAUAACAAAGAUGAGUAAUCCUGCCUCGCUUCAGUACAAAGAUGUACAUAGUGUCUGUGGCUUUUAGACAUAUUUAUAACAUUUUUACAUACAUUUUGUACAUAGUGUUGUCAAGUUAACAUUAUCAUGCUCUUUUAUGUGAUAGAAUUUUUUGUCUCUCACAAAUCAUGCAGCUGUGCCAAAGAGAUGUCGCUUAAACUGCAAGAGUAGAGUGUCAAAUGCUUUGAACCACGUGCCUUACUUAGAAUAUCUGUGUUCGUCUUGAAGGAAAUGAUAACACUCCUCAGAAAAAAGAUAACAAUAAGAAGUCUUAAUAAACUCCUGAAGUUUUUCUGAAUUAUAAUUGUACUUGAUAUGCCAAAUAAAAAAAUGAUUUUGCAUUUUGUAAUCUAGUUUUGAAAAAAAAUGGUGCUUUUUUAUACUAUUCUUGAAAUGUAUAGCCUACUUUGUGAUGAAAGUGUGUCAUGUCCUGUGAUUAAUUUGCUUUGUACAAACCCCAGUUUGCAUUUGUGUCAUUAUUCUUCUAAAUAAACCCUUUGGAAUGAA